AUGUCCGCCGUUCACGCGAGCUUCCUCGGCUCCGCCGUCGUCGCCCCCGGCAAGGCCGGCGCGCGCGUCCGCGCGCGCCGCGCCGUCGUCAAGGUGCGCGCGCGACGAUUCGAGGACGAUCGAUCGAGAUUCCUUCCGACGCCGAUCGCACGUGCCGUUCGUUCGAAGCGUUUCCCUUUCCCACGCGCGCUCGCCUCCGACGCCGUCGCUCACCACCGAUUGAUGAUUCCCGUUCGUUCCGCGCGCCAGGCCGCCACGUCCUCCAAGGAUGACGCCGCGCUCCCGAAGACCGUCCUCGCGUCCGCGACCGCGGCGUCGAUCCUCCUGUCCGCGCCGAUCGCGCUCGCCGCGGAUCCGACCGCGUGCGGCUCCCCGGAGCGCGCGGGGUACCUCAAGUGCAUGCGCGCGUACGAGGACACCGUCGUCGUGUCGACGCCGGAGCCGGAGGCGGAGGCUGCGCCGGUGUCGAAGAAGGCGGUGAAGAAGGCGCCCGCGCCCAAGGCUGCGCCCGCGCCCAAGGCGCCCAAGGCGCCCAAGGCGCCCAAGGCGCCGAAAGCGCCGCCCGCGCCCAAGGUCGUCAAGGCGAAGCCCGCGCCGAAGCCGAAGCCCGCGCCCGCGCCGAAGGCGGUCCCGAUGCCGAAGGCGACGUCCCCCGCGAAAGAGCGCUCGCUCGCGAAGGAGAAGACGGGCGUGAGCGUGAACGUGCUCGCCGGCCUCGUCGCGACGGGCGUGUUCCUCCUCGGCGCGUCCGGGAAGAACGAAUCCUCCUCGGGCUCCUCCUCCUCCUCCUCCUCCUCCUCCUCCGCGCCCGCGAAAGCGAAAGCGAGCGGCGCGUCCGACGCCGACGCCAACGCGGCGUCCGCGCAGAAGUGGAUCGACGCCUGGUCCGGGGGCUCGUCCUCGUCGUCUUCCGGCGCGUCCGACGCGGACGCCAACGCGGCGGACGCGCAAAAGUGGAUCGACGCGCACGACGCGUCCUCCUCCUCCGCGGGCGGCGCGAGCGACGCGGACGCGAACGCCGCUUCCGCGCAGAAGUGGAUCGACGAGCACAAUGCGGGCGGCGCCGCGGUGACGUACACGUUCGAGGGCGCGACCGGGUCGGGUGCCGGGGACGCGGCGGCGGCGAAGAACGCCGCGGAGGCGCAGGAGUGGAUCGACGCGUGGAAGGCGUCGAACAAAGGCCCGGCGUUCUUCGGCCCGAGAGGGCUCGUCGGCUCGUUCGUGAAGGGUGUCGCGGCGUGGGGUGGGAAGAAGUGA